GGUGAUUAUUUUAAUUUUCAGUAUGUGAAACUAUGGAAUCUGGGAUCGGUGCUGUUUUUGGACCGUCCAGUCUUGAAUCAUCAAACAUAGUGCAGUCACUUUGCGAAACUAUGGAAGUUCCACGUAUAGAUACCAGUUGGGAAAACACACCUGUUGAAAAUUUCAAUUUUUAUUUCAAUCCUUAUCCUGAACCAACAUUGCUAGCAAAAGGUUAUACGGCUAUAGUUCAUGAUAUGGACUGGAAGUCAUUCACGUUACUCUAUCAGCGACCAGAGUGUCUUCAGAGAUUACAAGACUUAAUACAAGAUUACUCGGGAAAAACAAAACCUAAUGACAAACAGGUAGCGGCCAUCUCCAUAUUACAAUUGCCCGAAGGCAAUAAUUUUAGACCGAUUUUAAAAGACAUUAAGAAGUCUUUAGAAGGUCACAUUGUACUCGACUGUGAUGCAGAUUUAAUAUUAACUGUAUUCAAACAAGCAAAAGAAGUUAACUUGUUGGAUGACUAUCAUAGUUUUAUCAUAACCUCAUUGGAUGCACAUACAGUAGAUUUUAGUGGUAUUGUGCAGAACUUGCGUACAAAUAUAACAACUGUAAGGUUGAUUGAUCCACUAAGCCCAUUUGUGGAAAAUAUUGUGAGAGAUUUGAAUUUUGUUCAACAAAGAAUGAACGUAAAUAUGGAACCUUUGAAAGCUGACAAACUUACUGUUAACUCCAUACUCAUAUAUGACGCGGUAAAUGUGUUUGCUAAAGCUUUAAAAGGCCUAGGUAUGAUAAAUAAAAUCAUCACUGAACCACUACAAUGUAAGAACUCGCCAUUUAUCCCCUGGUCCAAUGGAUUUAAACUUAUAAACUUUAUGAGAGUAAUUGAAACAGAAGGCUUGACUGGUCUGUUACGCUUUGACAACAAAACUGGUCAUCGAUCAUAUUUUACACUAGAAAUGGUAGAACUGGUUGAUACUGGUUUCAAAAAAAUUGGCUUGUGGGAUCCAGAGAGAGGCAUGACUUAUACGAGAACCAGCCUUGAAAUGCUUCGUGAUUUAUACGCCGGGAGUAAGAACAAAACAUUUAUUGUUUCAACAAAAAUUACUGAGCCGUAUUUGAUGUUAAAAGAAGGCCACAAUAAACUAGAAGGCAAUGACAAAUAUGAAGGAUAUGUGGUGGAUCUUAUACAAAUGAUUGCUAAAGAAAACAACAUGACUUAUGAAUUUCGUUUGAGAAGUGAUGGAAAUGGGAAACGUGACAAAAAAACAAACAAAUGGAAUGGAAUUAUCGGUGAAGUACAAGAAAUGAGAGCCGACUUGGGGAUCUGCGAUUUAACAAUUACUCACGAAAGAAGGUCUGCUGUGGAUUUUACCAUGCCUUUUAUGAACUUGGGUAUCAGCAUAUUGUUCAGUAAACCAGAAGAACCGCAAACCAAUCUUUUUUCAUUUACCCAGCCGCUUUCUUUUCAAGUAUGGAUAUUUACAGCAACCGCUUAUUUAGGCCUGUCUCUGGUAUUAUUUUUCUUGGCUAGAAUUACGCCCAACGAAUGGCAGAACCCUCACCCGUGCAAUCCUCAUCCACAAGAAUUAGAAAACUCCUUAUCAUUGCUUAACUGCCUAUGGUUUUCUAUGGGUUCCAUUCUUUGUCAAGGUAGCGAUAUUCUGCCUAGAGCUUUUCCAACCAGACUAUGUGCUGCUAUGUGGUGGUUCUUUGCUCUUAUUAUGACUCAAUCUUACACUGCUAACUGGACUGCAUUUUUAACAUCGAAUCGGAUGGAAACUACUAUAAAAAAUGUAGAAGAUCUUGACAAAAAGGGAGGCACAGAUAGCAUCAAGUAUGGAUGUGUAACUGAUCAAUCUACAGCCAGUUUCUUUCAAGUAGGUGCAAGGUGCACACUGCACACAUAUUUAUUCUAGACAGUAUUAACUAUU